AAAAAAGUUAACCUAGACCAAAUAAAUUAAAAAACUAACUAGUACGAGAAAGUCUGUUUGCAUUUAUUUAUUUUUUUUUCAACUCUGUUAAUAACACAGGUUGGUUAUAAUAGUUCAAAAAAAUUUUGAACAAAUGUAACUUUAAAAAGUUUGGAAGUUUUAAUGAAAAUUUGACCAAUGACAUGUCAAUUGGGAAAUUUCCAAUUUUGUGAAGACCUGUAUAUGGUUACAGACACUAGUGCAGGAAGACAUACUGAGAAAGAAAAAAAUUGUGGUAUAAAAGACCCACAAAAUGUGUAUUUUGACAAACAUGCAAGAAAAUAUAUUAUAGAGGUUGGGGGAAACAAAUUUUGACCAAAAAAUUCACAGUGUUAAUAAACAAUGACUGUAACUCAAAUACAUGUUUGUUUGUUUGUGUGCAUUUGUUAUUAUUAACAUAAAAGUUAUUUCAGAUUUGAAAACUAUUUUUAGUAGUCAUUUACACACUUUCAAACAUUAUUUAAUAAAACCUUAAAUAUAGGUAAUUCAAACAGCAAUACUUUACACUUAAUAUGCAUUUCAACCUUCACAAAACAUUAAAAAUACAACAAUUUUUAGAAAAUUAUUUUUAUCCUUUAGACUGAUGAUGGUUGAAUUAACCUGACACUUUGGAAACUUUAUAUAGCCUUAGGCAAAACCAAUGAGGGCAAUGGCAGUUGUUUUUAUUGACCCUGAAAAUAAUGAAAACACAAUACAUAAAAAUUGUUCAAAAAAGACAUGUUUUGCAGUAUUUUCAGAAUUUUUUUUUAUUUCUUUCAAUACAUGGCAACUAUAUAUUAAACAUAUAAUUUCAAUAUGCUUUUCACAUUAUGCGAUUUGUGAAUUGACAACAUAUUUAAUUAAAAAAUUUAAAACUUUUAAAUUAAAUUCAAGUCAAAGGUAACAAGAAAAAAAAUUGCACAGAAUACAUUUAAAACAUGUAAUGACAUUCCAACAAAUUCCACAUAAUGGCAAGAUAUCUUUCUGGCAAACUUAAGACUACAUUUGUGACUAGCCUGAAGAUAGAUUUUUCUAAAUUUUAGAAUCUUUAAUACAAAGUAGUACACUCAAUAGAUUACGUGUGCAUUAUUGGGAAAGAACAUUCUUACACAGAAAGUAUGUAAAGAAAAACUAUCAUCCUGAUCAACCAACUGCAUCUUGAUAAAUUUUUUUAUUCAAUUUUCAAAUUCAUUGAGCAAUUGCUUUGAUAGCCCCUUACUUCACUUCUGGCCAUAACUGUAGCUUACUAUCUGUACACAUUUUGUAGUAUUUCCUGCUACUUGCAGGAGUAGGACAGGAAAUUAUUUCGUCAAGAAUACUGAAAAAUCAAACCUGUAUUUCAAUUGUCAAAGCAAAUACAUUUUCCAUUACAGAGGUGUAAAAAUUAAUAUUUUUAAAUGUUGUAAACUAUGCUCAUAGGCACCUUCAUUCAUAAUUAGAUUACUUGUGAUAAAAGAGAGAGGUAGGCAUUCUGGAGUUCAAGAAGCACAUUAUACUUCUCCCCCACAUGUCAUAAGCAAUUUUUAUUGUUUUCUGACGAUUGAUAAAAUAAAAAAUAAAAUUAAUAGUCAUAUCUUCUAGGGUAUUACAUCAAUACAAACUGAACUUCGAUAUUUUAACAGGCUCUUUCCUUAAAAAAGAUCAACACUUGUUACGAUUCAAUAAACUUAAUAAUCACUUUAUUUCCCAAUCACAGUGAUGAUUAUAUCUUGCUAUCUACAAAUCACAGUUGUAGGCAUAUAAAGCAUAUAAAAAUAAAGCACAAUUAUUAUCCUCUCCAAUUGUAUAUAUUUAUGCUCACUUCAUGAAAUUAUGUAUCUUGAGAUUACAUAGUAAAAAGCUCUGUUAAUGGCUUCAAAACUCUUUUAAUCACAAUCAACAAUACAAAAAUAUUCACCCCAAUGUAGCAGUACCUAAUGCAAAAUAUCUUUAAGACAUUCUACUCGAAGAGAUAUUGUCUGUGGUUAUUUGGUGAAAAAAGUAUGCACAUAACAAACAUUAAAUAUCAAUCUACAAAUAUUUGCAUCAAAGCUAUGAAGCAUUUAUACAAGCAGCAAAACAACAGGGAAACCAAUACAAUUUUUCCUGGGGAUCUUGUGAGUCAAGCCAAGCUAGUCCUUCUUUCACCAUAUGAUUUAAAGCUUUUUCAGCUCUUCCUGUCUCCCAUUUAAGUUCUCGUUCCAACAUAGAAACAGAAACAUGAGCUUUACCACUAUUUGCUGCCUGUGUUAAAACUGCUGUAUGAUCCAUAGUAAGUUCUCCUGGUAUAGACUGCACCACAUACUGCCCUUUUCCUAUUGGAUAAACUGAAAAACCAUUCCCAAAUAUUCUCAAUUUCCGAGAAGCAUUGAGAAGAUCAUCAUUGGUAAUAUCCUGGUGCUGUUUACUUUUACCUCUGGCUUGUAUCAGCCGUUGUCUUAAUUCAUCCAAACUUAUUAAACCACCAUUCUUAUAACUAGUAGCUAGGCAUACUUCCACUAUUUGCACGCUCAAUUCAUAGUAAAAGUCGCCAAUUCCUAGAACAGACCAAAAUCCUUUUCCUGAUGCAAGAGGAUCCACGCCAAUUGAAGCACACAUUUCCUGAAACUGUCUACGAAACUGGGCAUUUUUUUUUAUCUCCUUCUUAUGUUUUGUGGCAAAUUCUUCUAGAUUUGUUCUGAACACUUCCAGCUGUUUAGCCAUUUGCUCGAAUUGAUUUUCCUGAAGCUCAGUACCCUUGUCACGAUACUUUUCUUGUUCAAGUUUUUGUUUUUGAAUCGCACCAAUUCCUGCACGACGUCGCAUUUUAUCCAAGUAAUAUAGGCACGUGAAUAAACUCCAAUUACAAAUUCUCAACACUAAGAGUUACAGAAACAAUUAAUACAGUAACACUCAGGACAAUAGAGAAACUAGGGGUCCCAAUACGAAUCACCAUUCCACAAUUUCCAUCAGCUGAAAUAUAAACAAAACACUAUUGAUGUCUGGUUGUCAUUUCUCCUGACUGCUCCUGACUCCCAGGGUAUCCAACGUUCGUACAUGUAAUUUUAGUGAUAAUUAAAAAGUAAACAUUAAUUUUUCAUUUUUUACGAAUGUUUCAUUGAUGACUUCUUGCAAUAUGAUUGUGAAUCUGCCUAAGAAGUAAAUUAAGAAAACCUGAAAAAUUGCGACAUGCUAUAAUUUCCUGAGUAAAUGAAAUCCUUCAAAGAAGAGGAUUAGGUUAUGUCAACAACACUGCGAUAUUGCUAAAAAAUAAUCUCCGAAAUACAGACUAAAACUUUGAACUGUCAACUUGAACGCUGUAUACUGUGUUGCAUUGUAAAUUUUUUUCAAUGGUAGGAUAGUUCUUGCAUCAUGGAUAAUGCAGGAAAUCCUCUUGUGUACAUGGAUAUUCAAAUAGGAGAUGAAAGAGUUGGAAGAAUAAUUAUAGAACUCUACAAAAAUGUGGCUCCUAAGACUGCUGAAAAUUUUCGAGCAUUAUGUACUGGAGAAAAAGGAGUGGGACAGCAUGGGAAACCACUCCAUUACAAAGGUUGUUUUUUCCACCGAAUUUUACCCAGUUGCAUGAUCCAGGGAGGUGACAUUAUAAACUACGAUGGAAGCAGUGGUGAAAGUAUUUAUGGUGGUUGUUUUGAUGAUGAAAAUUUUGAAAUUUUGCAUUUCGAAACAGGAAUUGUAAGCAUGGCAAAUGCCGGGCCAAAUACCAACAGUUCCCAGUUUGUCAUUACUUUAAACCAUUGCCCACAGUUAAACAAUGUUAAUGUGGCCUUUGGUAAAGUUAUCAAAGGAUAUGGAGUUGUUAAUGAACUAGGGAGCACUGAAAUGGAAAAUGAUAUACCCCUUAAGGCAUGUUUUAUUGCUGAUUGUGGUGAAAUUUUGCCUGGAAAAAGCCUUGGUUUGGAGGAGAAUGAUGGUACAGAUGAUACUGUGCCUCCUUUUCCAGAAGACUGGGACAUUGAUGUAAAUACUGUUCAGUGUGAUUACUUAGAAGAUAUUAUAACAAAAAUAAAAAAUGCAGGAAAUUAUUUCUACGAUUCAUUAAAGUACACUGAUGCAGACCAUAAAUACAGGAAAGCAUUACGCUACAUAUCACAUAUUUUUACUGCAUUUCUGAGUAGGGUUCGGAACCUUGGAGACCAAGAAAAACUUAAUAAAAUGUUGAUGACUCAUCAGACAGAACUACAGUGUUUAUUGAACCUUGCUGCUGUGAAACUUCAAACAGAUGUCUACCGCGAUGCUGUAAAUUACUGUAAUAUGGCAUUGGCAAUUGAUGGCAAAAAUGCUAAAGCUCUGUACCGGAGGGCCCAAGCAAAACGAGCCCUAGGGGAUUAUGAUGCAGCCUUGGAUGAUCUUCGGACAGCUCUUCAAAUUGCACCAAGUAAUAAAUCAAUAGUUAGUGAAAUGAAUUUAGUCAAGCAGUUCAUUCAGCGGUACCAUGCCAAAGAGAAGAAAGUGUUUGAAAAGAUGUUUAAAUAAUUUAGUUGAAGACUGACAAGUAGGCCAAAGUUUUUUUUUGUUUUUUGUUUUGGUGUAAAUUGUUUGAGAAGAAACAACAAACAAAACAGUAUUUUAAAACAAAUUUUACAAUUUUGUAUAUGAUAUAUAUAUGUGUGUUGUUCCUAUCAACAUAACUGUGCUUUCAUGCCUUGAACUUUUUGAAAUAAGACUGAAGGAAGAAAAAGACUUACGCUAAGAAGUGUAUUGGUUGAAAGCAUAUUUGUAAAUAUGAUAUUGUAAUUUUGCCCAUGAAUGAAUGAAAGAUAGAUACUUUAAGUAAAAAUGUACAUUUUGCUUAAUAUUUGGUAAACAGUCCAGAAAUAUGUAGGUGCAAUGCGUUUUUUUUGCAUUUAUACUCUACUAUUAUGUUAUGAUUAUGGCUAACAUGUGAAUGACAGAUCUCCUUGGAACGGAAUUGUAGCUUUAUCCUCAUUAAUAAUAACCUGUAUCAUAAUUCCUUUAAAUUAGAGGUUUUUCAAAAUGUUUGAUAAACUAUCGUCUUUGUUGUGCUGUAUAAUAUUGGGGGGGGGAUUGAUCAAAAUAAUUGAUAGCAGUCAUCAUGGCAAAUCAUCAUUGCAAAGGACAGUGGAUAAAUUUUGAGCAUACAUCAGUGUGGUUCAGAGACUGAAACCUUUUGGUGAGACAAUAAAGGACUCUAAAUUACUGAUUAAUACUGAACAGUUUGACUACAGAUUAAUUAUGAUGAUUACCAAAUUUGUGGUGGAAUUAGUGUGCAUACUACUGUAACUGAUAAUGUUAGUCAGAAUGACUUUUGGCUCAUAGUGGUAGAUUUUCUAAAAGAACUUUCCAUGCCAAAAUUAAGUGUGCAAUCAAACAUUUUCUACCUUUUAUUUCCAUGUCAGGAUUUUCAAAAUAAAAAAUUAAUAUUGUCUCUAUUUUUUCAUUUCUUCCACAUUUUAUUUAUCAGAAUUAUCAACAUCAAGGCCACUUUCUUAGAAGAUAACAGACUCAAUCUCUAAGAGGGUGGACAAUAUUAUUUUUGAAUGUGAUUGGGCAACCAAGCAUGACGCUCCUUUUAGGUUAUAGAUCUGUUUUUGACCCCAGUGAUUCAAAUUUUCUUGUUUAGGAUAUAACACUUGGCCAAAGUUCAUUGAAAUUACUUUUUUUUCAUGAUAGAUGCUCUUGAUCAUUAUAACAUGAAUGGGUUUUGAGUGAAGAAUGCUCACCGAUUUGACUGCAGUGACUCACUGAUGUGACUGCAACCUAGACGUGAACAAUAUACCCAUCACACAAUUCCAUUUUGUUCCGUUGACUUGUUGAAACUAAUAAAAAAGAAAAUUAUAAAAAUUCAACAGAAAGUUGUGUGAUAAAUUACAUUGAUCUUGACCUAGCCUCACGAUUCUCCACAAAUAAGUAUGAUAAAUGCAACUGAACAAUGUCAUAGAUAAAAUCAUUCCAUUAUUGAGUCUGCAAGUUAGCUUUAUGAAAUUGUGUUGUACAUGAAUUGAGCAACAAAAACAAAUGAAAGACUUUAUCAUAAUUAACUUAUUUAUGAUCACAAAAAGGUACAUUAUCUCAAAACAAUUCAAAUACACAUUAGGAUUCUUCUAAGACUUUUCUUAAGAUUAUGAAUUAAACAGUGUUGGAUUGUAAUACCUGAAGUAGAAUUUUUGUGUUAUAGAGGUAAGAAAUGUAUUUUGGGAAUUUUUAAUAAGAGGUUUGAUUGAAAGUAUUUUCAAAAGUUUAUUUAGUUAUGAAUGUGAAUAUGGAACACAUUUACAUGUAACUAAAAAUGUCUUUGAUCAACAAUGCUUUUAACCUCGACUUACAGAGAUAUUGGAAGUUAAGGGGUCCCUCAAAAGUAAUUUCUUGUAUUUGAAAGUAGACUUCCUUCCUUCCAGAAGUACAAGGCAUUUUAAGUACUAUACAAAAAUGGGGAGAAACAACAUAACAUGAUACUUUUUGUAUUUUAAUUGAGGGAUCACAUUAAAUCUGUGCAAUAUAGCAAAAAAUAAUGUUCAUAUUUGAAUUCAGCAUGAAAAAUUCUAAUUGAGUCCAGUGCAUUUUCCCCAUAGAUUAAAACAAAAGAUUAAUUUUGUUGACAUUAAUUUUAAAGUGGGGAAAAAUAAGAUUUGUAGUGAAUAGAAUUGGCACUUGUACUGAAUAAUAUUUUUGGAAUAAGUUUGAAUUUCUUUUUGUAAAAGUAGAACUUAGCAUCUUAUGUAUGUAGUAUUUAAUUCUUAUGGCAAUACUUAUGCAUUUUAACUGCAUAUUUCAGUUUUAUUUAGUGUACAUGAAAAUGCUGCUAUUUGUUCUGACUCCUUGUGCUGUAUAAAUAAAUAAUCAAACUGUUGUAAUAGUUUUGAUAUCAAUAUACAUAAACAAAAUGUUCAAGCCAAGGAAUACGUAAUUUAAAACCAAAGUAAUUUUCUGUUCCUCUGUUUUGUUGUUCCUAUAAAUGUUCAUCUUUGUAACUUAAAUUUCAGGAUGGCUAUUAGUGCAUUUCAAGUGGUUCUAAACGGUGAGUGGCAAACUGCAACUGCCUUUCUUGGCAAUACUAAAAAGUGUUACUGAUGUCUAUAUGGCAAGAAUAUGACAAAGGUAGCAUUGUAUUAUAAAUUGAGUGCUCAAAUACAUUUUUUUGGAAGAAUAACAUAGGCCUGUUUUGAUGCCUAAAUGUAUUUUCGUGUUUCUGAAUUCAAAUGUAUAUUUUGUAUUGGCCAUGCUGGUUUUUUCUAUAUGGGUUGAAAUUUAAGAUUUUGUAGAAAUUUCUUAUUUUUUACCACGAUUUUAAUUUUCUAUCUGACCUGAUACACUGUAGAGCAAAAUGAUAUUUCAAUUCCAAAC